AUGGCAGAGGACGAGGACAUCGGUCUCGAGACGCUCCAAGCCCAAGUCGACAUGUCUCUGGCAUUCACCCAGAACCUAGUCUCGUCCUGGUUGAAGCCCACCGAGGGCAAACUGCCCUCGUCAAAGUCUCGUGGCAACGAAGAAAAAGAUCUAGCAGAGUACAUGCGAAGACCUCCACGGUUAGGCGUCGGUGCUGCCGUCCCAGAGUCGACGAGUCUGCUUAGCCGCGACAGUGCGCGCUUGAAGAGCAAGCUCACCGCGUCCGCGGGAAAGAAACGUGCACGCGAGGAGGAUGUACCUGCGGCCACCCUGCCCUCGGACGACGAAGAGGAGAGUCGGGCGAGUGUUAUCAAGAAGAAGGCGAAGGUAGAUCCCUUCGCGCCCAAAGACAAGGGCAAAAGGCGCGUUCUGGACACCCCGAAGGCACUCAACGAACACCCGAGCUUCCAGAGGCUCAAUGGUGAUAGGGACGGUGACAAGGACACAAAUGCUGCAACGACCGUGCCUCCUGAGACGCCUUUUCGCGAGGGCCAGGGCGAGCACAAUUCUGGGACGCCGACCGCACCGCUAUCUUCGAAGAAGAAAAAGAAAAAGAAGGACCGUCACUCGGUCAGCCAACUCGUCAUCGAACGACCAAAGCUGCCCCACAAUACGCAGUCGUCCGAGCAACCCACGGCUCUUACCCAUGACUCCGCCGCUGACACUCCAGGGAGUCUUGGAACGUCCUCGAAACCCGUACCACCUGCGGAGCGCGCAAAAUCUCUGCCGUCAUCACCGACGAGGCCACCAAUGAGCCACAAAGGACGACUAUCACCAUCUCCUACCGCACCACCUCCCACAUCCACAACGUCGUCACCGUCUAAGUCCGCACACACGCCCAAGACUCCCCUCCUGAAUCUCCUUGGACCUCCCCAGGAGGCGGAGGCCACCCCAGCGUCACCGUCGAAGAAGAAGCGGAGGAGAAAGAAGAAAAAGAAGAAAGCGGUCGCGCAAGAGGAGCAGGUUCCUGUCGAAGAGGGUGAUUCUGAUGGGUCAGAGUGA